CACAAACAUGAGUGCAUCUCCGAUGAUGACACAGUGUCCUCGCUGCCAGCAGGAGCAGGCGAACUUGGUGGGGCAUCAGCGUGCCCUGUGCACUCUCUGCUCCAAGGCCCUGCGACGUGUGUACCAGUUCUGUUGGUCGUGCCGACGGGAAUGGCAGGGGGAGAGCAACUACUGCAGCCUUCCUUGGUGUGGGAUACGGGCUGCUCUUCUCUCCGAUGCUGUGAACACCGACCCGGAGAGCUCCGUAGUGGGAUGUCCCAUUUUCCGCGCAUGUCCCUCAUGCAAAGCCCUUCUGACGCAUUCAGGGGAGGGGUGCCCAAGCAUCGUGUGUCAGCAGUGCCAUACGGGUUUCUGCUUUCGCUGUCUUAGGGAGGAAUGUGAUGGUGAAUUUGGAUUUGAUGAUGAAAUUGAUGAUACUGAAAUGGAUGAUGAUGAAGACGAAGAUGAAGAUGAAGACAAAGAUGAAGAGAAAGACAAAGAUGAAGAGAAAGACAAAGCGAAAGAGAAAGAUGAAGAGAAAGAUGAAGAGAACGACAAAGAUGAAGACAAAGAUGAAGAGGAAGAUGAAGACGAAGAUGAAGACGAAGAUGAGGACGAAGAUGAAGACGAAGAUGAAGAUCGAUACUAUGAUUUUUAUGGUGAUUAUCCUAUACCAUGCACUAUUGUAGAUAAUAGCAACACUCUGAAAGAAUUGAAUUGAACGGUUUAAUUUGAACGUAUUUUACUGGAUUGAUUCAUGAAUUCAAUAAUUUAACUUUAUGUAACUGGUUUAAUGAAUUUUUAAUUCAAUACAUUUGUUCUUGGUCUUUGUUAAUUAUUGCUGUAAGCUCUGCUCUGUGAGUGAAAUAUGUGUAAAAUCAUUAAUUUCAUGCUGAUCUUUUCACCUCGUGUAACAAAUACAAAACUCACUUUUACGUACAGGUAUAUUUUAUACACUUUGAAAUAUGGUUAAUUACUAUUUGCUGUGUUUUGAUUUCAUUUAAACCAAUUCUAAACAUGUACGUCUU